AUGUAAUCGUCUCAAUCAAAACCGUUGACCAUCUCAGGCAACUUACCAAACAACCAUCACAUUCCACCCGCCACUCUCCCGCCGCCGCGGACUACCACCGCCCAAUCCCUACUGCGCCGGCAAAAACUAGCUCAUAAGUGAAUCAAUCCUUCCAUUUUCUCCUUCGCGGUUGGAAGAUCCUGCCCCAAAGUUAGCCAUCCUCCGGUGUUCUCUGUGCGGAACUUCGAGGUCGUUCCUCUGUCCUAGGUUUUUCUGUCUCUGGCCUCCGGCUAAAACAAAGGAUUAGGUCUGUGCCCGUAAGUUCAAGCCACUGCAGUUUACAUCUUGAAUAAGUGACAUCAUUUAUUGAGUUAGGCUUGUAAGUGACUCAGUUGAAUACCCUUUGAAGAAUAUGUGAAGAUUUAUGCUUGUGGUCAUAUGGGAAAGCCCGCCUCACUUUAUGCAAAUCUGAGCAUCUGCCAGAGGCAUAAAAUUUAUUUGCCAAUUCCCAGUACCAGGAGCCGAAAGCUUUGUACUCAUGGUCAUAGUAACAAUGGCUAUAAUGAAUAUCCAGAUGCUCAAGUGCUUCGGAAUCAUAACUUAACCACAAAAAGUUUUUUGGAGAAAGCUAUAGAGGUAUGCAGAUUCAUUAGGACUGAGCCUAAAUGGGAGCAAAGCCUUUUGUCAGAGUUUCCCACCAUCAACUUUAUGGACCCCAAUGUUUAUUCCGAGGUUUUCAAGCACCAAGAGAAUGCAUUUUUGUCUCUACGAUUUUAUCACUGGAUCACCUCUCAAAGUGGGUUCCUGCCAGAUCAAUCAUUGUUUAAUAUGAUUUUUAGUGGGCUUAUUGAUGUAAAGGCUGCUAAAGUUGCUCAAGAAUUUCUUGAAGUUAUGAAAUUUGAACCAGAACCACGUUUAUUGGAGCUUUAUGUCCAGUGCCUUUGUGAUAAUGGACUUCUUGAAGAAGCUGUUCAUGUGUUUGAUUAUCUGAGGAGUAUAAACUGUUGCCCAGCCUUAAAAACUUGGAAAUCAGCAUUGUCAGGUUCACUCCGAGCUGAAAGAACUGAUCUUCUUUGGAAGUUCUAUGGGCAAAUGGUUGAAAGUAAUGUUGGCGCAGAUGUGGAUUUGACUGGGUAUUUGAUUCAAGCUUUUUGUUUGGAUAAUGAAGUUUGGAAAGGUUAUAGCAUUCUUCGUCAAGCUCUGAAGGAUGGGCACGUCCCUUCUAAGGUUGUUUUCAAUAAAGUGAUCAGUACUUUCUGUAAAAAUGGAAUUUAUUCGAGAAUGUCGGAUCUUCUGCAUAUGAUGAUAACAAAGAAUCUUCCUCCGGAUAUAUUUACCUAUCAGGAAGUUAUCAAAGGAUUAUGUAAGAGAAAUAUGCAACACGAGAGCAUUCGGGUUUUCAAUGACCUCAAGGAUAGAGGAUAUGCCCCAAACAGAGCAAUGUACACGACAAUGAUUCAUGGCCUAUGCAAAAUGGAAAGGUUAGGCGAUGCUAGGAAAUUGUGGUAUGAGAUGAUACGUAAAGGUAUUAUUCCUAAUGAAUACACAUACAGCGCACUGUUAUAUGGAUAUUUCAAAGUUGGUAAUCUUGUUGAAGCAAAGAGACUUCACAAGGAAAUGUGUGAAAUUGGUUAUGGGGAGACCGCUAUUAGUUACAACACGAUGAUUAAGGGUCUGUGCUUGAAUGGAAAAGUAGGAGCUGCAAAUGACCUGUUCAAACAAAUGGCAGCAGGAGAUGUUGCUUGUGAUAUUGGCACAUAUAAUUCUCUGAUCCGAGGCCUUUGCUGGGAAGGUAGCUUAGAUCUGGGAACUCAAGUUUUGUCUGAGCUUUUAAAGCAGGGUUUACAGCCGACAAUAGCCUCGUAUACCCCUCUAAUAAAAACACUAUGUCAGAUGGGACAUCUUGAGGAAGCUUUAGUAUUAUUGACUGAUAUGCAAGAAAGGGGAUUGAUACCUGCAAAGAGUGCUUAUGAUUCAGUUAUUCUCGGUCUUGUUGAGCAAGGCUCUCUUCUUGAAGGGAUGACAUGGCUGAGGGAUAUGCUUAAGAGUGGACUCAGGCCGUGCAAGAAAACUUUUAAGCGACUGAUUGAAUGUCUUUCGGAAAAAGAAAACUGGAAUGAUGCCUUGCUUGUUUCAACUUAUAUGCUUAAGGUUGGCCAUGGAACUCAUCGGCCUAUUUGCAUUUCUCUGGUGAACAAACUCUGCCAAAGAUAGUUUUCGUUAUAUCGAGACAUGUGCAAGAGAUGCCUUUAAAGCAACAAAAGCAUCUAAUAUAUUUUUCUACUUUCCUUUGUAAACCAAGUAUGGUGCAAUCUACAACAAGCUAAAAGGAGAGUUAUUAAAGCUUCCACAAUUUGUUCAAGCAUUAGAUUAGAUCACUGCAUAUCUUCCUUUUUGGCGCCACAAGAUGCACAAGUAUUAGGUAUUGCCUUUCUUUUUGUCUGUAUUACAGUUAAUUCUUGAACUGAACCAUAAAACUGCAGAAGUACAGGAAGGUUUCCUUAUUACUUUCCUUUUCUUUCUUUUUUUUUUUUUGGCUGAAGAAUAGUUUAUUGAACUCAAACUAAUUUGGUGAAAAAAGAGUUUGACAAUCCAUACCAGUGUACCACUAUCAUGAGGGCUUUGUACAGAACACUGUUUUUUGUACAUAGGAUUCAAGAGUUAUGACCCUGAAUUUAUGGUUCCUAUUCCUCUGCUAUACUACAUUGGACUCAGUUUUUGUUCAGCGUGUGGAAUUAAACUAGCUUCGACGUUUUAAAUAGCUUAUGCUUGAAUCUUGUCUCUCAAAAACUUACGAUUCCCCCCAACCCCCCGGCCUUUGGGCAUGGAGAUUGAUUAUGAUUUUGAUCAGUCUCCUAUUGUCAUUCAGGUUUCUCUUUCAAUUUGUCUUAAUGACUUAUCACUACCAAUCCUUUUGUGACUUUUGUGAGGCUUACAUUUCCAUUUCUUUUUAUCCUUUUCUUUAUUGUUAGACCCUCAGUUUCUUUGCAUCUUCCUGAUGACGGAAGUGGAAAAGUUAAAAGGAAAAUUUAAAGCAAGAUAACUUGGAAAAGGUCAAUUUUCUUUAUGUGAAGUUGCUCUAGUAAAGUACUAAAAUCAAUAUGGUUCUUGUGGGUAAUACGAGCUGCAAAACUUUUGUAUGACUAUUCUGUCUUGGAGUCUUUUUGCUGUUGAUAGUUUCCAUGACUGUGGAUCCUUUUGGUAGUUUCUGUUGGUGUGUGUGAAGUGGUAAUUUAUGAACAGCAUCUCGCUGAAGUCAAAGCCGCAAAUGGUAGGCAUGUCUACAGAAAUAGUAAUUUCUAAUCUAGUUUCAGAAUGUGCAAGCCGUGAUGUGUCUUAUCUCAAAUCAUCAUGUGAAGUAUAUCAUGUUGCAUAAGUUAUUUUCCUAAUGUAGGUUCAGACUUGGAUAUUAAUUGUUCGGAUCAGUUAGAACAUAGUAUGCGUGACGUAGAGAAUGUAGGUUUCUUGUCAUUAUUCUUUUAGACCUCAAGAUGCACUUAUGUAAUGACAUUAUCAUUUUAAAUGAGAGAAAGGAAAGGGGAACUUAGGGCAAGCAUCUUCCCCAAACCGUAUUUCAUCUCCACUAAGCUGUUAAACAUGGAGGUCAAACUCCAGGGCAUGUCUAUGCUCCUCUAUGGUACUUAAUGUCAUUUUGCAUUACCUUUAAGGAGCUGCUGCGAAGUUGUUGGGAUAACUUCUAAAUAAUUACCUUUUAUGUUUUCUAUUGUGGUCUGCUUACAGAAGCAUCUCCAUUGAAUCCUUUGAAUUUCUGAAGUACAUAGCUUGAAAAGUUCAGAUAUGUUCCUCGUGGCUAAAUGUAAUCAUGCUCAUUGGGCUACUUAAUACUGACUGCCCCUCAAUUUUUGUUUUGUAAGGCCAAUGCUGGUAAUGGUUUGUUCACUUCAAAUCUUGGCCUGAAGCAUGGGUGGCACGCUUCAUAUGUGAUGGCAGAGGGCUGAUUACUUCGGCACAUUCCAUUGGUUAUAGAAGCUGAGCUGAUUCUCCUGACUACUUUGUGCAGGCACUGCAAAAUGACAACUUGCGAAAACUGGUAUUAAUGUAAUACAUGGAUGGUCAUUUCAUUUGCAGCUUUGAGUAUAUAACGGUUUGCCGGGUUUAAAUUCAUUGCUAAUGCUUUGUUCCUAGGUUUCAUCUUCUAAUAAUAAGCAGAAGGAGAGAACUGAAGAAGUUGUGAAGCAGUGAGCUUUGGUCUGCAGAACUGCUAUCUAACUCCUUCCUGUUCUAUGUGGUUUUGGAAGUUGUAAGUCCGAUCUCACUUUCAGCCGAUUUGACAUUUAUUUCACGUAGUUUGGCAUUCAUGAAUCAGUCUUCUGAGCACGCAGGAAAGGCAAAGUGUCAGUUUUGGUGGGGCCUUUUAGAAAUGCUUCUCUGCAAUUUUUUAUACAGCUUGCCUUGCGAAUGUUUGCAUGACCCCGAGGCAAACCCCAUUGCCAAGGACUCGUUAGUUACCCGUUGCUGGGACCUUAGUUUGCGGAUACAUGGUUUAAGAAAAUGUAAAAAAGUUUUUAACUUUGUCUUUGGCCCGAAUGAUCUUUUCAGGAAACAGCAUUCUUCCUUUUUCCUUUUCCAAUAAAUUAGAUUACCCGAUAGUCGAAGCAAGUCUCGGCAAUCAAAGCUAAUGUCUUCUAUAACAAUUAUUUUCAGAAAGAAUUGGGGUACAGACCAGCUCCAUUGACUUGAAUUUAGAAGUUAAAUUGUUUCGUUUUUUUAG